AUGUCGAGGACUCCGUCGCAGCAAUGCGGGAACCCUCCUGACAACAGGGCCUACGACCCUCGCUCCCAACCAAAUAUUCCCAUGGCAUAUGAACCAUAUCCACGCCAUGAGCCUCGUCACUUUGUCCCACCGGAUGUGGGCUAUUAUCAUCGGCCCAUGAUGGCAACACCACCGCCGCCGCGGUUGCCUCCAUUAGGAACAUUGCCCGAGACAAGUACGGACCCGAGAUAUAUGCUCUCAUCCGACAAUGGUUACAUGGCCCGCCAUUCUUUACCGCAGACGCUGCCGUUGCGGAUGCACCACCAGGACCCUUCUUCAAAGCCACAGACAUAUCCCGCGCCUUAUGAAGAGAGAUCGAAUCCGAUGUUGAGCCAUAGUCGUGAGCUUGCUGCUUAUCGGAUGCGGACCUACGACCAAGAGUCCCAGUAA